CUCUUUUCUCGAAGGACCCUAAGUCUUGUUUUACAUAGUGGUGGUGCAGCGCAAAAACUGGCUUAAAUAACGACGGACGUCGACUUUGUUUGCUAAGCUCGGGACUAGAAAUGUUUAGAAUCAAAACAAUAAACCCCGAUUAAGUCAUUAUUCCAAACCGAGUCCUCAAUGUAAUUGAAUUAAAAUAUAAAUUGUACUGUAAUUUCAUAAUCGUCUGAUUUUAGAUAAUGGCUGCAAUACUUCCACAUAAUGUACUUUCAAAUAAUGAUAUUGAUCCUGACUACGGGAAACGAGUGAAAUUAAUGAAUAUGGAAUAUGGAGAAAUACUGUCAAGUUUUGAAAACGGUGAGUGGACUCCUAAAGAAUCAAGAAAAAUGUUCCGUCAAGCCCAGAAAAUUAAGAUGACACAUAGAAUGACGGGCGGACUGCAAAAAGCGACAACUCGACUUUUCAGCACUAAAUGUACAACCGAUCGACCUAUAAAAAUCGAUACAAAUUAUUUACCUGACACGCACGAAGACAAAUCUGUUGAUAUUAAAGAAAAUGAAAGUGUAGAAAAUAAAGAAAAAUCUGUUGAUACUAAAGAAAAUGAUAGUGUAGAAAAUAAAGAAAAAUCUGUUGAUACUAAAGAAAAUGAUAGUGAAAAAAAUAAAGAAAAAUCUGUUGAUACUAAAGAAAAUGAUAGUGAAAAAAAUAAAGAAAAAUCUGAUAUUCAAGAUCAUCAAAGUGAAGAAAAUAAAGAUGAACCCGAACCUAAUAGUAUUGGAGAAAAGGAAACGGGUGCCGACCAACCCGAAAGUAUAGGGGAAAACGAGGUGGGCCCGGGUAAGUAA